UCCCGUUUUGUUUAGGUGACCCAAAACGCGUCGUUUUAAUACGUUUCAGAUCUUAGUUUUUUGUUCAACCCAUCAGAAUCAGAAGAAGACGAGACGACGGCGACCACGACGACGAAGGAGAGUAAGAUCGGAGGUCUAGAUCUGAACGGCUAGUAUCUGUGGAUCAGAAAUGGUGCUGAUAUCGGCCGUACGUGAUUAUAUGUGCCGGAUGUUGCAGGACAUCUCGGGCAUGAAGGUUCUUAUCCUCGAUUCUCAAACGGUUAGUAUUGUGAGUGUUGUUUAUUCUCAAUCAGAGCUUCUUCAGAAAGAAGUGUUUCUUGUAGAAUUGGUGGAUUCCAUUUCCAUGUCGAAGGAAUCCAUGUCGCAUCUCAAAGCUGUCUAUUUCCUCAGGCCAACCUCGGAGAAUAUUCAGCAUUUACGACGGCAGUUUGCUAGUCCUAGAUUUGGAGAGUAUCACCUGUUUUUUUCCAACAUUUUAAAGGAUACUCAGAUUCAUAUUUUAGCUGAUUCGGACGAGCAGGAGGUUGUCCAGCAAGUUCAGGAGUUCUAUGCAGACUUUGUUGCAAUAGAUCCUUUCCAUUUUACUUUGAACAUGCCAUCGAAUCACAUUUAUAUGCUCCCAGCAGUUGUAGAUCCUUCAGGUUUGCAGCACUACUGUGAUCGAGUUGUUGAUGGCAUUGGGGCAAUUUUCUUGGCUUUAAAACGACGGCCUGUUAUUCGAUAUCAACGAACCUCUGAUAUUGCAAAAAGAAUUGCACAGGAAACAGCGAAACUGAUGUACCAGCAGGAAAGUGGUCUUUUUGACUUCAGACGAACAGAAGUAUCUCCAUUAUUGCUGGUAGUUGAUAGGAGGGAUGACCCUGUCACUCCACUUCUCAAUCAAUGGACAUAUCAGGCAAUGGUUCAUGAGUUAAUAGGUAUCCAAGAUAAUAAAGUAGACCUGACAAACGUUGGCAAGUUGCCUAAAGAUCAGCAGGAGGUUGUCCUGUCGUCUGAACAAGAUGCAUUUUUUAAAGCUAACAUGUAUGAGAACUUUGGAGAUAUUGGAAUGAAUAUCAAAAGAAUGGUGGAUGAGUUUCAGCAAAUUUCAAAAAGUAACCAGAAUAUUCAGACAGUAGAAGAUAUGGCUAAAUUUGUUGACAAUUAUCCCGAGUACAAAAAAAUGCAUGGUAAUGUUUCAAAGCAUGUUACUAUGGUCACAGAAAUGAGCAAGAUAGUUGAAGAGCGAAAGCUUAUGUUAGUUUCACAAACGGAACAAGAUUUGGCUUGCAAUGGUGGGCAAGUGGCCGCAUUUGAGGCUGUGACAAAUCUCUUAAAUGAUGAAAGAGUUUCUGAUGUUGACCGCUUACGCCUAGUGAUGUUGUAUGCUUUGCGCUAUGAGAAGGAAAGCCCUGUUCAACUGAUGCAGCUUUUCAACAAGUUGGCAUCCCGGUCUGCAAAAUACAAGCCUGGGCUUGUCCAAUUCCUCUUGAAGCAAGCAGGUGUUGAUAAACGGAUUGGGGAUCUAUAUGGAAAUCGAGAUCUCUUAAAUAUUGCUCGUAACAUGGCUCGUGGGCUGAAGGGGGUUGAGAAUGUGUACACCCAACACCAGCCUCUUCUAUUCCAAACUAUGGAAAGCAUCAACAAAGGGCGGUUAAGAGAUGUGGACUACCCCUUCAUUGGAAAUCACUUUCAGCAGGGCAGGCCGCAAGAUGUGGUGAUUUUCAUCGUUGGUGGGACAACAUAUGAAGAGUCACGUUCCAUUGCUCUACAAAAUGCCAGCAAUUCUGGGAUUCGUUUUAUACUUGGUGGAUCUGUGGUUCUCAAUUCUAAGAGGUUUCUGAAGGACCUGGAAGAAGCUCAGAGGAUAGCACGCACCAGCACCAAUGUGGUUUGAAGUUGACUUGUGGUCAUACUUGGCAUCUUAAAGCCAUGUAAAUAGGUUUUUUGUGAGUCAAUACGGGAUUUUGAGCAGCAACUCCAUAACAUAGAUCCAUCAGAAUCAGCCUAUACCAUCAUGAAAUGGAGUUGACAUUUAUGGAUUUACAGAGAGGAUAAAGGUGAAAUAGAUUUUGAGGAGGAAGGUCUAAAAGCCCUAAAGUCAUCAUGGAGGAUUGUAUCUUAAAGAAAAAUCAUGACUACUAAUUUCUUGUCUUGUGAAGCCAGGUAUCCUUCAGUUCAUAAAAGUCUGUUUGUGUGGUGAAAGAAGGAACUGUAAUUUCAUAUAUCAAGAAAAUCCAUAUUCUUUCCGUCUUUUUUCAUUUUUUAUUAUUUUAUUUUAUUUAAUUUUAUUUUAUCUGUCCAUCUUUGUAGCUAUAUUAUCAUGAUUAUUAUCACUUUUGAGAAAAAACCAUUACAAGUAA